AUGGACUGCGGAGCGCAAGCAGUCACGCUGAAGGACAGCAUCCUGGCACGGACCGCGAAGCCUUCAGCGGGCAGCACCAUCGUCUGCGCACCCCCGCGCGGCCGGUCGCCGUUGCUUACGCAUCGCAGCCGCCGUUGGAGCGGCGGCAAGUACGUUGCCAAACGCAUGCGCCACAAGGUAAUCGAAGGAGACCCGUCGAAGGGUGUUGCCGACCAGGAGCUUCCAGCGAAACGCCAGCACACCGGUGUCGGCCAGGUGGGUCCAGAGGUGCACCUCGUGAGGUGCUCCAGGCUAUACCUGACUAUACCUGGUGCCAGGCAAGACAGACACUGCGGGCUUGCCAGGACCGGCAGUCUCCGGGCGUGGCUGCCGUGGGCCUCGCAGGGCUGCAAGGAAGGCGGUCCCGCCCUCCAGAUGUCCCCCGAGUCGAGCCUGACGCGCAGCAGCUUCAACUCCAUCGUGAGCCGCCAGCAGGCGAACGUGUCGGAGAUGAUGAUCAGGCACAGCAACAUGGGGCGCCAGGCAGAGAUGGGGCCCGACUGGAAGCCCUCCGCCCUCAUCACCAUCGCGAAGGCGCAGGGCGGCGCGGCCUCCAAGAAGCCGGGCAUCCCCGGGCUCACUGCCCCGAGGUCCUCACCAGCACCGUCGCCAAUUGUGAAGUCGGUGAUGCCCGCGUCGCAGAUGUCGGGCAUGAACAACGUCAUCGAAUAUGCCGAGGCGGAGCCGCCCUCGGAGAUGCAGGCCCUCAGGGCGAACCUCGCGGCGCAGAGCCCCGCUGAGGGGCAGGCGGGCGCCAGCGGGCGCCUGUACCCCUUCUUCCGGAGCAGCUCCACCCCCUCCAUGCGCAGCCAGAACGCGCUGUCGUGGGCCUCGAAAGAGCGGCGCACCCCGACGACGUCGAAGCAGGCACCGUUGACGCCGCAGAUGCAGCGCAUGCCGACGCCGCUGCAGGCGAGCGCGAUGGCGCAGCUGGACGACGGAG